CACACAUCCAAAACAACCUCAUGUUCUUAAAGUGUUUUCUCAUAAAAUAAAAUGAAAACUUAAAUUUCUAGAAAUUCAACUUCCUUUUACUUCAUCAAGAAAAUACACACUAAUGAGUUCUAAGAUAAACUUCUCAAGCCCCCAAAUACCAUGCAAAUUCCACACCAAAAAACCAAAUCUUCUAAAAAGAAACACUAUCAUCACCUCUUCCUUUUCCUCAAGUGAAAAACAACAAAAAACCCUUUCCACCACAAUUGAAACUCCAUCAAAUGAUAAUAAGGAUUACUCUAUCAAUUUCAAAACAAAAAGUGCUUGCAAGCUUGGAAUUUCAAGGUAUCCUGAUUUCGAAUAUGAUGCUGAAGGAGGAAUAGGCAAUGGUUUUGGUGCAAAGGCAACACAAACACAAAAUCAAAAUAGCAAUGAGAUUCUUGUUUCAUUUGAUCUUGAAACUUUGUAUAUUCCAUCAUUAACAAGCUCUACUACUAAGUUUCUUGGAUUGUCAUUGCCACCAUUCUUGAGGAUUGAUAUUGUUCCAGAAGCUUUCCAAGGAAGUAUUAAUCAAGAAUCUGGCAAGGUUGAUCUUGAGUUUAAGGCCAAGUUCUUGUUUUCUGCUGGUAGAAUCUAUAAGGCUCCACCAUUGAUUGUGAAGACAGUGUUGACAUCUGAGGAAUCAAAGGGGACAAUGAAGAGUGGAAGAGGCAUGAGAUUGGAUGAAGAAGGAAAAUGCAGACUUGUUGGUGUGGCAACAAUUGAUCCUAUUAAUGAUUUCAUUAUGAAUUCCUUCCUUGGCCUGCCAACUGAAUGUCUUGCUGAAUUAAAUGCUGUCAUCUCCAUUUCUUCAGCAUCAUAAGCAUUAAAAUCUCGUUAAAUAAUUGAUGUUCGUCGGCUAUAUAAUAAAUCAAAUACAUUGAUUAUUCAAUUAAGAUAAAAUGUACAUUUUUUCUGGACCAGAAGAAAUACUAAGAUAGGAAUAUGCAUAGCUAGAGACAUGGCUUCUUGUUCUUGAUUAGGAAAUUGUUCACUGUUUCCAAAAUAUCUUGUUGUACACUCAAUACAAUACAGCCACUUGAAUGCAUAGUUCUUGUUUGAUUA